ACAGACAUUGCCAAGCGUAACAUCACUAAGCCUCUGUGGCAGCACUGAAAUUCAUUUUAGUUCACUCUUUAUUUAUUUAUUUCCUAAUUUAUUUAUUUUACAUUUUACUCAUUAAGAUUUGUACAGUCAUGGAUGAAGGUACACUGUCACUGGUGUCUUUGUCUUCUACUUCAUCAUCAUCAUCAUCAACAGCAGCGACAGCAGCAGCGGCCGAGACAGAUUCUUCACCUCAGACUGAGAGCACACACCUCAAGAACCAAGAGGAACACAAAUCACCCGUAGAGUUAUGGGUAGAGGAUGUGGGUCCUGUGGGAGACAGACUGCUGUCCGGAGAGGAGCAGGUCACUCUGAUCACUGAGAGCAUGACCGUCACCUCCACUGACCAGGAGAAGCUGCUGCUCCUCAAUAAAAACACUGAGCUGCGCCGAGUCAACAAAGAGCUGAUGAAGCUGAACGAGGACUGGGACCAGGUGUAUCGCAGCGCCACGCUGGGUCUCCAACACAGACUGGAGGCUUUGGAGCAGGAGAGCUCGGCCCUCAAACAGCUGAACAACAGGCUGCUGCUCAAAGUGGAGCAUGAGCAGAGUGCAAGGGAGUACUAUGAGCAGACGCUGAUGCAGGAGCUGAAGAAGAACCAAGACCUGCAAGAGUACAUCAGGACGCUGGAGAGCAGAAUGCACCACUCAGACACCACCAGGGACUGGGUACUGGCCAAACAGGGCAGUCUUAGUGCUAUGCUAGGCGGCCCAGAGUCCUGCCCCACCCCCACUGCGCCUGGUGGUCCAGAGCUGGCAUCCAGCCACAUCCCUGAUCGUACCUCCCCAUCUUGUCUCCCCGCAACUUCUUUCACGUCAGAGGCACGGUUGCAGGGCAAAAGCCAGAGCAGCAUUACCCCACUGGGAGCACCAGCAGACUGCCAGCAGGAGGUGCAGGACCUAAAAGAGCAGCUGGAGGCGCUCAGGUGUCAGACUCAGAUUUAUGAGGCAGAAUAUCAGACGGAGCAUAAGGACCACAAACACACACUGCAGGAGAACCGGAGGCUCAGGAAAAAGAGGGAGGAGAUGCGCCAACAGGUGGCACUACUACAAGAGCAGCUGAAGGUCUAUGAGGACGACUUCCGUCGAGAGCGGUCAGACAAACAGAUGCUGCAGCGGCUGUUGUUGAAGAAAACUCCAGCCAAGGACCCUGUGCUCAUCCACCGCUGCAACAAUGAGCAGCAGCCAGCAGGAGGCGACAAGAGGACGCAAAGUGGAGAGAGAGCUCAUCUGCAGAGGCAACGAAAGCAGCACCACCCUCUCUGCCCCAAGCACUGUAAAGAGGACAGUGAGGAGCUGCACUAAGAGAGGACCACAGCGUCUCUUUCUCGCUCUUUCUCUCUCUGUUUUUCACUCUCACACACAUAACCCUCUAAAAGGAAAAUAAUCAAAUGUCAACAUUCUAAUAUAUAAACCCCAUUGGUUUAACAAGGAUACACAGGUUCCAUAAAUGCAAACUAAGUUACUCACACAGCUCAUCUGUACUGGAGGAGGCCAAUCAAAGAUCCUGGUUCAGUGUGUUGUCUCUAGACAUUUCUGUACUUUGAACAACCACAAGGGCUCAGAAAAGCAAAAUGAAUGAGUGUGUGAGUCCUGCACUCCAUGUUCAUGAGCAGGUUUUUCUACAGGUGAAGAAAACCAUCUGCAGUUUUAGAGUUUAAGAGGAGAAAGUCUGAAAGUGCUAGUCUAAAAGCAUUGUUGUAAAACGGUGUACAGUCUCUGUGCCUUGCAGCUCAAUGAUAUUGCGCCAUGAGUUGCUUCACAUCUAAAAAAGUCAAACAGCAGACAUCUUCAGAAGAGGUCUAAAUACCAAAGCAACCACACACCCGACAAAUCGAAGACCAGCACCUUGUCACCAUGAGGAGGCCCACGAGGGAACCUGGGAAAAACUUUUUCAUUAAGAAUAGCAAUUAGUUUAGAAUGGAGCAAAAAAUAAAGAUUAGGCUAUGUUAUUAAAUCUGUGAGGGUUUUGUGAGCAACAGUGAUGUUGAUUUGGAUUUAUUGUUGACUGCAUAGCAAGUCUUUUAUUUGCA